AUGGACCCUCCUGCUAUCCUGUCGUACGGCUCAAGCCCAACCAGCACUGCGCCCAUCCAGCGACCGGCGAUUCACCCCCAAUACGUGUUAGAAACCCCCUACCACAUGGCACACAUGGCUGGUCCGCAAGCAUCGAACUACCCUCCUAGCCACAACUUCCUCUUCCAGCAGUACCCGACGGCUUCUCCCCCGACGUCCCCCUUCAAGCACUACCCGGGGGAGUGCUCGGUUCCACGUCCGGCGGCACCUGGUCACGACGAGGUGCGUCCCGACUUUCGGAGCGGAUCCGUCCGGGCGCGUCCGGGAGAGCAGGAUGAGAAACCCGCGAUCAAGUACGAGCCGCAAACAGUGGCGGGGCCGUUGCCUGCGCAUAUUCCGCAGCCCCCGUCAAAAACGAUCACUCGGAAUGUCGCCGAGGACGAAGCUAACGAGGUGUCCUUCUCCACCCACAUCGACGCUCUGAUGAAGGUGAUCCAGCUGAAACACGAGCCGGAAAAUGUUAAUGACGCUACUCCCGCUGGUGUUACCAGUGUUACCGGUAGUGGUCGUCGCCGUGGCGAUGAUGGCGGGGGAGGAGGUGGUGGUGGUCUUAGGCGUGCUACCACCUACCCGUCUCAUCCCACUGUCGAUCAAGACAAGUUCAAUCUGCGCAAAGCGUCGUGUAGCCCGGAAGAGACAGCUGUCCCGAGUGAUGAGCAUGGGCGGGUACGCCAAAAACGUUACGUGUGCGACAUUAAGGGAUGCGGGAAGAAAUGCUCUCAAAAGACCCAGCUCGAGACUCACAAACGGGCCCAUACAGGAGAGAAACCCUAUGUGUGCCCCGAACCCAGGUGCGGUCUGAAGUUCUCACAGAGAGGCAACAUGAUGUCGCACACCCGCAUCCACACGGGGGAGAAGCCUUUCAUGUGUGAUAUCUGCGGGAAGUGCUUUGCUCAGCGUGGCAACCUAAAGCCGCACCGGCUCAUACACAGCAAGCUCAAGCCCUUCCGCUGCAUAUUUGACGGGUGCGGCAAGAUGUUCGGGCAACGGGGCAACCUAAAAAAUCACCACAACAAGUUCCACGCCGACAAGAUACAGGAUCUGACGCACAGGUUCAGCAACCUACCGCCCGGUGUUGAGCUUGAGGAACAUGACCACAAGUUGUUCCUGCAUUUUGCCGAACUCUACAAGAACAGCAACAAGGGCAUCAAAGGCCGAGGAAGGGAUCGCAAAAUCGCUCCGAAAACCAAGAGCCUGCGUGAGCCGAACAUGCCCCGUCAUUAUCCCGUUCAGGCUCUCCCGCCGGCUCACCAACCGCCGCAACGGCUCCCUGGACAGCCAGUCCUUCCGUACCCGGAUAGUUUUGGCGGUCACGGCGUGUCUCGAAACGGCCCUCAAAACAACAUGGCGGCGAGCCGAGACCAACACUCCGCCACUUAUGGGCUGUAUGAGAUGGAUCAGGCCAGCGUCGUUUCCACCGAGAAUACCGUCACCGCCUCCACCAGUCCGGGCACUGUCUACGAGGAGGAACACGGUCGUCCCUACGGAUAUCCUCGCGUCUAUUAG